CCAGUUUCUCCAAAAAAUAACCACGCUCGCUCUCCAGGGCCCUGGAGAGCUAGUAGGCAUCCAGAAUUCACCGUCACUCUCUUUUCAAACAUAUAUAAAAAUAUUCCGUGUGAGCACAUGCAUUUUUUGUAAAGUACAUCCCUUUUGUAGUUCAAAUGAUAAAGUAACUUCGGCCUCCCUCAGAUAAAGGAGGUUCCUUGUUUUCCUUUUUCUUGCUGCGUCACAGCUGCUACCAGCGCCAUCUUUCCUGCUCAGCCCAAGCCAUUUUCAUAUCUGAUCUUAUUCUGCCAAUUUUAAUUAGGACUCUCCGCCGAGGACCGUGGUGCCAUACAUCCAAUUAAUUUUGCCCCUCCUAGGUUUCCUUUAGGUAAUUAAUUCUUUCUUGGUGAGGUUCGCCAAAUCAUGAAAUAGCUGAUAUUGAAGGAAGGUGAGGACAGGUGACCUCACCUAGGCCCGAAGUCACCCCCCCACCAAAGCAGGCUCAAAGCUUCUCAAAACUUUUCAAAAUCAUUUUCUCAGCAGCUAAGCAUCAGAAACAUUCCGCUCUGCUGUAACAAAGGUAGAGAACAGUCCAUUGUUUCUCAGGCCUUUCUCAUGUCUUCUGGCCUUGCUAAAGAACCACAUUGCAACUUACUUUCUGUCCGGGAACCAUGCCAGAACAAGAGAUUGAAACAUAUCUGAACAUGCUGAAAACCCCUUGGCUUCUCACCCCCCCCCUUUCCUGGGAAGGGUGCCAAGAGUCCACAAUAGUCCCAAGACAGCUUUCUGUUCAUGCUCAGAGGAACUCCUGAGGGAGGAGAAAGGGGGAGGGAACUGGAAAGGGGUAUAUAUGCUUGUGCACAUGAUUGUGAACUCGUGCAUGCUUUUUGUGACUUAUCACACUUGCUCCUUCUACCAGUUCAUGGAUGGUAGAAAUAAAAGCCUUUUCUCAGAAACUGUUCCUUGAGUGUCUGUUGACUCCCACUUCCCUUUCCCGGGCGCAAUAUUUUUCCCACCCGAGGGCAAAGCCUCAUAAGGCUACAUUUCUUGGUGCGUUGGCCGGGAAAAAACAACAUUCCCUGAGGAUAAGGGAUGUGGGUUCAAGGCGUCCCUGCGGUGAACAGCUUGGUUCGUGUCAGCAGUUCCAGUGCACAUCCUGCCAAGUUCGUGGGAGGAAUUGCCACCCAUUCCUGAGUGGACACACUGCAAGGACCGGAGAAAAAGCAACGGCCGAAAGAAGGUACCUCGAGGAACAAGGUAGGCUCCACAGGGUAUAGGUGGGAGCAAGCUCCACAGGGUUAGGUGGGAGCAAAGAGAGUUUGAUCAGCUCUGCCAGCAGGGUAGAAGAAGUGCCACUGGUUUUGGUUUCGCCCAGAAAAAGCAGUAAAAGGUGCUCUUGGGCCCCGGUCGAAGUCUAAGCGCUGCCGGUUGUGGUUGGUUUUGGUAAAAAGGGGAUUGGGGGAGGUGCAUGGGUUUCUGAAUGUGCGUGUGGGGACACUCCAGUGAAGGUUUUGAGUGCAUGAGACGUUGGAAGCAACGUGUGGUCUGUGACUGAGAGAAAUUACGUUAGGAGGAGGGAGUGUCCCAGUAUCCCAAGUGUUCCAGGGUUCCAGGGUCAUGGAGAAAAAGCAGUAAAACAACUCCCACGACCCCCCUGCAAUUGUUUCCUGAAAAAAAAAUAUUGGAAAGAUGCCACAAAGGGAGAAGAUAUAACAAUUACAAAAAUACAGUAGCCGCUCACCACAUUAAUCAAAACACCAAGAUGGGAGUCUUUUUGAAGUCCAAAGCUUGACCUCCAGUGACUGUGUAGUUUAGCAGAUUUUCCUUUUAUCUCUUUCUGUCCAGAAAGACUUUUGUCCAAAUCUUUUUAAUUUUUAGAAAUCAGGUAUUCCCUGCUCGAGAGAUUGACCCCAGAGAGUUCCCAGUUUGUGCCAUGCAACGCCCAGCAUCCUAGCCCCUCCAUCUUGUUACGAGAGGCUGAUAAUGGACGAUCUGCGGGUGGCUAAGCUCCCCUACCCUCGGGGGGUUGACAGAGCUAAUUACACUCAUAUUAACCCUGGAUUUCUGGCACUACUGGGGGUCCAGUCUCAUGGGUGGCAGCCAUUUCCCUCAGCAGGAAACAGGAAGUCUGAUCUGGGGACAUUUUUAACUAAAGAAGAGGUUGCAUUUUUGUUUAUAAAGUGCCUUAAAAGUAAGCAAGCAUGGAACAGAAAUAAAUACGGACAGUGUCUAUUUGCCUUCUAAAAAGAAUGUUAAAAGCUGCAAAAAAUAUAAGAAGACAUCUGACACAACAGGAAAGGAAACAGAAAUGGAGGGGAAAUCUGAACAGUCAUUUAAAAUCACAGGUAGCCUCUCAAAUCAUUUUAACUAGGAAAUCAAUGAAUUUGAAGUUUUCUAGACAUCUAGAAUUUUGCUGUUGUUAUUGUUCUCUUGCCAGGCUAUAAAUCGGAUCCCAGUGCUCAAACCAAAAAUUAUGUGACACCAUUGAAGAUUCUACAAUGAAAUAAGUUCACAGUGUGCCAUAAGCAAAGUGACAGGUCACAUUGCAGCAGAUCUGAAGAUCUCUGCAAUUGCAGGGUAUUUUCAAGCUUUUUAAUGUUUACUGUUCUUUAUUAUUGAAGAAGAACCAGUGUUUUUGUUUGCUCGUUUCAUAUUGCUCUAUUUACACUUGCAUUUUGUUCUACACAAACUACGCAAAAUGCCUACCAAAGACAUUAUCUCAUUUUUCAAAUUCUUAAGGAUCUCAUAUAUAGAUAAAAGUCUUCAGGAUGCUUACUGAGAAGCAAGCUCUACUAAAUUACCAGUAAUUAGACUUACUUUCAAAUAAAUACAUUUUGAAACAGGAUACAUGAGUAGAACUGUCCCAGGACCCAAUUAAAUCUUAAGGGCUUUGGACAUUUUAACCACACAUUCUAAUGCAUGUGUAUGCUUGAUGUGUGCUCGAAUCUUCCUCAGCAAAUUUGCUUAUCAUAUUAAUUUAUUAUUUUAAAUACAGCAAUAUGCUUUUACUUUUUUAUUUAAAAAAAGUUUCUAAAGAAAAUUAAGUUAUCCCAAUUCUCUGAUUUUGCUCAGUGUACAAUUUCAAAUAGAGCUGUUACCAAACUCACAAGGUUCCCAAGGCAAAAAAAGCCACAAGCCAUAACAGGUGCAUAAAUCAUAAUAGGGCAUUUUGCUUUGCCAGCAACGGAACAUUUCUUACUCUGCCAAUGUCCAAUAGAUUAAAGCUCCCACACAAGGAACUGAUUUAUCUUUCUGGUUCUUUUCGCUUAAGGAUCAUUAAUCACUAGUAGUAGUCCCCAAUUUAAAAGAAAGCAAAUUAAAUCUAAGCUUAUCAAUAAAAUAAAGGUAAUUCUUCUUUAAAACAUCUGCCAGUUAAUAUUCUAUGGUUGUCAUAUUUUGUUUAUAUUUAUAUUUUCUAUUUACAAGAAAACAGGUGGUUAUUAAUACCUUGACUGUGAUAGGAACAUGAGAAGAAGAAAACAAAAGACAUUUCAUUUUGUCUCAUACACCAGGCAUUAGCAAGAUAUUUCAUUUCUCUACAUACGUCAGACUUUAACUUUGGCCUCAGAUAUUAGCUAGAAGCAAGCAAAGCAUAAUUUUUGUCUCCCCAGAAACAUUUUAACCCAGCUCAAAUGGGGCAGAGCAUAAACUUUCAACCUUUCUGUUACUUCUUAAUGCUCCUUACUAAUCACCCAUAAACACUACACUGCAAUGGUCAGAAAAAGCUACCAAGAGGCUGCUAGCACCCAACUCCCAUAUCUUGUGACUUUGUCCUUUUUACUUCCCUAAAAAUUGUACUGACCAAGUUAAAAAGCAGUUACGAAGCUAGAAUGCCCCCCCCAAAAAAAAACACCUCUCCCAGACAUUCCAUCACCUCCACCAUGAGCAGAAAAGUAGAAAACAGCAUGUUGCCAUCAUAUGGCCAUACGGAUUUAUUAUGCUAAAUGUUGAAUCUGUCUUGAAUUAGUGCCUUACUCAUCUCCCCAUAUCCACAGUGCUGGAUGUAGGCAUACAAGGGAAGUGAUGAAGUGAGAAACUGACUCUCCUCUUGCUUGCUUGCAGAAACAGAUUUUACAGACAAUGACAGACGUGUUCAUUGUCAUGGACCUAGAAGCGGCCCGAAAGCCAUACUCUGCGGACAUGCGGGAGGAGUAGGCAGGAACACAACCCCCAUGCAAACAGUGAGUCACCUGUAUUGCAGUAAAGUGGUAAGUGGUCAUCUAACUCUUCUUUAACUGUUUUAAACUAUUUCCUCUCAACUUCAGUGAGUUUCCUUGAGAGGAUUCUCUACUGAUGAGGCCAUGGUAAUAAUAAUAAUAAAUAAUAAUAAUUUAUUAUUAUUGAUACCCCACCCAUCUAUACUUAGUUUUCCUGUACCUGCUGGUCAAGGCCAGAUGGCUGGGGAGACCUUUGGGAUCUGCUUAUCCUAAGUGGCUAGGUUUCAGGGUGGUGGAAAUCAAAUUCUGCUGUGGGCAGAACUUGGAAGCAGAUUGGGGAUAGGGUGGCAAUGUCUACAAUCAAAGAGGAUAGGGACAGACUAGACUCACCCUUGCAGAUUCUUAUAGGCUCUCUCAGUUGCAGGCCUCUCCCAUCUUUUUUCACACAACUCUUCUUUUCUGCAGAAGUUGUGCUUUCUUCCUGCAGGCUCUCUCAAUUCCAGGGCUCUCCUCUGUCUGUUAAUGUAACAACAAUAAUAAAUACUGACUGCAGGAACUGGGAAUUCCUAGAAUGCCUUGAAUGGAAACCUGUGCCCUACUUUCUGUUUUGUGAGACUGUCAGAACACUAUGGAUCAUCUCUACUCUGACACCACAUAGGAAUAACAGCCGAGAAACUAUGUUGGGAGAGGUAAAAGAAUUCUAACUUCCACCUCUAACCUCCCUAACACAACACCACCUACUGGUGCUUAUACAACUAAGACCAUGCUAACCAGUUGUCAUAACAUUUUAAAUUAAAUUCUGUACUGGCUAUUAACAUUGCUAGACUGUGUGUUGUGUGUGUGUGUGUGUGUGUGUGUGUGUGUGUAAACUGCCUUGAGAUGUUUUAAUAAAAUGCAGUAUAUAAAUAUUUUGAAUAACUAAAAACACCAGUGAAGUGGUUUGAAACUAGUGUUACCCAUCAUCAACAUAUUAAGUAAAAAUUCAAUUUAAGGCACCCAGAGUUUUGAGUCACGUUUUCUUUAAAAAAAUGGUGAAGAGCAGCAGAAAUAUUUGGGAGCUAGUCAUUUGCCAGCAGGAGAUGUACUAUAUAAUUAAACUGUCAUCCUUGUUGAUAGCUUAUUACCAGCAGGUAAUAAGAUAUGUGUGUCAUUACAAGUCAUUGUACUGUAUUUUAUGCUGCAAGAGAUUAGGGUAUGUUUCCAGUGACAGAACAGAGUGAAUGCUUAGAGAUUGUUGCCAUUAUGGACAUUAUAAAUCACAAUCUACAAUUUAAUAGUUUAACAAUUAACUAUAGUGCCAAAGCUGGAAAAUUACUAGCAAUGAAUGGCUGCUUACCCCACUGGUAAAAAGUGAACGUUAACGAGCUGUAGUGAAAGAAAUCCCUGAGGAAUGGUAGAAGUGGUUUAUACUAUUCUGCUCUAAUUCUGUACGUAUAGCCACAUAUGCAAAUGAAAAUAAACUACUGGUUGUAUUAUAAGUACAGUUGUAAGACAUUAAAGGGGAAUUGACUAGAACCAAUCUGUUUCUCGAUAAAGAGGUGUUCACACCACAACUACAUGCAUAAAAGGGUGUCGUCUUUACUCUAAGUCUAGGGUGAGAUUCAACUAAACUUUACUCAGGGUAAACCUAUUAAAAAUAAUGGACCUAUGUUCAGUUCAAGUUCAUCCAAAUGCACUUCUUUUUGCAUAAUUAUUUAUGCCUGCCCCACAGCUAUUAAACACAAAAGAGCGCUGCUCUCCCCUAAUGCCAACCCUAAAUCAUGUGAAGAACUCAAGGUAAGAGUUAAAAGGAAAGAAAGCAUUAAUUUGGGAAACUUGGAAAUUUGUUUUUAAAUAAAUAAAAUGAGCAGGGGUAGCCCAUCCCAUUUCACUGCCUGAAAUGAAAUGAGAAGUUGUCCCCACUCCACCGAAGCCUCACUUACACUGUAGCAGCAGCCUCUGAUAAUAUCUCAUAGAACUCUCAUGAGAUUCUGCAAGUUCUCACCAGAAACUGCCACCACGCAACCCUGGCGGCAGCCCAUAGGAGUGUCAUCCCGUGAGAUCCUGUCACCUGAAGCAGUUGCUUCAGUCUGCCUCACGUGUGAGCCGGCCCUUAACAUGAGCACCAGUAAUUGUACAAACCUAAUUAUUAAAGUGGGCAAUGUCCCACCUGUCCUAAUGGACCAGCCUCCACCAAACAAGCUUAUCUGGAAGCAUCCAUGUUGAUUUCCCUCAUGUAGCUGCUAAAAAUUUACAUUGGCUAAUGGUCAAAAUAGAUUGCUGUGGUUACACAAAGACAGGAAGAGGUAAACAAAAGUAAUGCUUUACCAUCUGUUAAGAUGGGUGGGGUUACACCUUCAUGGUGUACUCUAGGAGUUUGUUCCUACAACACUUUGUUCUGUGUACACACCAAGCCUUUCUGAGCCAUACAUAUAUCAACACUUACAUAGAGAAACAUAUCAUGACAUAAAAAAAGUUAAUGUAUGUAUGUUGGGAGGGGGUAAACUGGUCCUCCAAAGGUGCUAGAAAUACAACUCCCAUCACUGCUGACCAUUAGCCAUGCUGGCUGAGGGCUGGUGGGGGUUGUAGUUCAAUAACAUCUAACCACCUCAUAUGUCAAUCAGUUGAUCAUGAUCAUAACUUCUAUAACAGGAGCAGCAGUCCCCCCCCCAUGGCUGCUAUCAAGAAUAUGCUGGUGGAAACAGGCACCUGCUGAUAUUACAGAUAAGUAGGCCUUGUUGCAUGUGAAAUUGUCUACUGCAUUUAUAUACCAUUUCAAGGUGGAUUACAACUUAAAAUACCAGCAAUGAAAACACACAAUGAUGUAGUAGUAAAUUUAGAAGUGCUUGAGUUCAGCGCAACAGUCCCCUUAGCCAUACCCCUAUGGCCACACCCAAACUAAGACUACGCAAGAAAAAAUGGACUUUCAAAUGUUUUACGUUGCAUAAAUUCAUUGGGCCCUGUCACAACCCCACUAUAUCCAGAGUGCAAGUGAUUGAGUGAGGAGAAGUGGCUGCUCCUUCUGUGGCCAGCACUCUGCUACAGUGCACUGCCCACAAAGAGCAAACAGACAUGAGAGGGCCACUUGUGCUUAACAGCUAGCACACAGGCCCAGGUAGGGUGGACAAGAGAGCCACCACCUUCUCCUGCUUAUACACUACCCACCCAGUCCCCUUGCCCCUGCAAAGCAGCAAAGCUCAGAAGAGGAUGCACUUCUAGCAGAGGUGUACCGAGGAGUUGGCGAAACUGCUUCCCCACCACCACCAAAAAUCAACUAUCAGACUAUGGAAUGUAUGAUAUUUAUGUGUAUGAUGACAUGCUGCCUCUGCUGCGGCGACAUCAAACGGCACAAAGGCGUGUGAAUUUUUCUGCCCUUCCUUCUCACCUUGCCCUCACUCCAGACGCUUUUGAGUAUUUGGGUCCUGUAAAAUAUAAUUUCUAAUGUGGCUAUUGCAAUAAACUGAUUGGGGGGGGGGGCAACAAUGCCGCUCUUUGCCAAGAGUGCAAGGGACCCUAGGUACACCUCUGACUGCUAGAGGCGGAGAAGUCACUGGCCAAUGGGAUGGGAAGACAGGCUGCUAUUUACCUUUUGCCUUUGACUGCCUUUCCUCACCACCAGUUCCAGCUGUUUCAUGCUAAACUUAGCCGGCAUUACCAUUAGGCACUGCCGCCCCCCACCAUUAUAUUACCUUCAGUGCUGGCUGACUGUUUUAAAGUACAGAGAAAAACGGGCGGGAGAAAGAAUGGAAGAAUGGGGCGGAAGGGAGUGUGCUGGAAGAGGGCGUGCAUGGCUGGCUGGCUGGCUGGCUGGCACACACCCAUAGUUAUUUGUAACUUUCGCUUGUAAAUAUGAAAGGCAGAAUAUUCGUGGGGUUAAAUAGCCUUACAGGAAAGGGGGAAAGUUAUGGGGAGUCUAACUUAAACAAGCCCAGCUUCAGAAGCCUAUUGCGGAGUUAAUAAAUGCAAGAGACGAAAGGCAGAAGCAUCUUUCGCUGCGCGUCAGGGGCGAGUGAGACCAGCAGCGAGGUUCGAAGAAGACGCCGUCCCUCCAAGCGCGAGAAUAUGAAAAAGGCGCCUGGGCUGCUGAGCCGAGACUUUCCCGGGUUCAUGUGUGUUAAUUUUCGCCUCAGGUGGCAGGAGCCCUUCUCUCUACCGCCCGUUUUUAACUUUCGCUCGCGUCAAAAUAAAGGCACGCCACCGGGGUCAAGCGGGGCAUUCGCGGCAAGUGACCCGUCAGAGCGCCGCGGCUCGGUCCCUUUCCUCCUCAACCUGCAGAGGAUCUGGGUCUGGAAAGCCGAGGAAACUCCGGCGGGGCAAAUGGCAGGAGGCAGGGGAGGAGGAGGAGCGAAGCGGGUACCUGAGAACAGCUGGCGCGCCCGAGGGUCCCGGCCUCUGGAAGUCCCACGAAGCGCGUGUCCCCGAGGCGCUGCAUAUAAAGCGCUGCAUAUAAAGGGGAAGGAAAGGGAGGGCACGGCAGGGCAGGGCAAGGACCGGGCGGCAGUCCCUCCUUCCCUCCGCAGCGGAUCUCAGCGGCUCCCUCUCCACACGCCAGGCGAGUCCCCGCAAGGGGAGGAGAAAAGUUUAUGUCUCCGGAGAGCCAAGGGGGCCGUUCUGUGGAGAGGCAGCGGCGGAGAAGCCCUCGCGUCACGCGGGAGUCCCCGAGCGCGCAAUAUUUGGCGGGGUCCUGGAGCGCGGCUGAGGAGAAGCGACUCUCUCCUGCCGUCUCUCUCACACAAAUAAACACACGCACAGACGGGCGCUCUGGCGCUGUGCUGAAACGAGCGGGCUUAUCGCCUUUCUGGUGACACGACGACACAACCCACGUUGCGUGAGAAAAGACGGUUCCGAAAGGGCGCGGGGCGGAGCUACUCUUGACGCCACAACAAGUCUAAAGGGCCCGCAAGGCUUUUUAUUUUUCUUUCCCGCCUUCGUGUCCCUAUAGGAAAAAGAGGGUUCUUGUGACACAGCUAACCUGCCGUGAUUUGCCUCCUGCUUCGCUCAUAGACGCACCUAUAGCACUUUAAAAAGUGAUGCUGCCACAGUCUUCACGGCAAGUGUAGUAAACGCGGGGCCCGUGAGAUGUGUUGGCCUCCCAUCAGCCCCAGAGAGCAUAACCAACCGCCGGGGAUUAUGGGAAUUGUAAGCCUUCAACAUCUGGAGGGCGCCAGGUGAGCUACCAGUGCUUCAGGCAGACAGGAUAUUGUUGUCUUGUUAGCAAAUGCAGCAGGAGAAACCCCUGCAAUGAACAGACCGGCAGCUGGGGAAAGUACUUUUAAGGUUAUGCCACAGUCAACCCGUAAUGCUGGUGGUCAACAAAAGAGGUUUAAAGACUGUCUGAAGGCAAAUCUAAAAAAAUGUAGUAUAAACACUGACUACUGGGAAACACUGGCCUGCAAGCGCUCCAGUUGGAGAACAGCCUUUACCAAAGGUGUCAUGGGCUUUGAAGACACUUGAACUCAGGAUGCAAGGGAGAAAUGUGCUAGGAGGAAGGCAUGCUUGGCAAAUCCACACCGUGAUCAGCUCCCGCCCAGAAACCAAUGUCCCCACUGUGGAAGGAUGUGUGGAUCCAGAAAUGGCCUCCACAGUCACUUACGGACUCAUUGUUAAAACCGUGUUUAUGGAAGACAAUCUUACUCCGCUACGUGUGAUUGCCGAAGAAGAAGUCAAUCUCUUGGUGCACACUAUACUUAAACAGACAUCUGAAGCACUUUCUUUCCCUCAUAGGAUUAUGGGCACUUUAGGUUGCUGGGGUCUGCAAUUCUGUGAGGGGUAAACUACAGUGCCCAGAAUUUUUUGUGCUUUAAAAGUACACUGGUACCUCAGGUUAAGUACUUAAUUCAUUCUGGAGGUCUGUUCUUAACCUGAAACUGUUCUUAACCUGAAGCACCACUUUAGCUAAUGGGGCCUUCCGCUGCUGCUGCUGCUGCUGCUGCUGCACCACCGCGCGAUUUCUGUUCUCACCCUGAAGCAAAGUUCUUAACCCGAGGUACUAGUUCUGGGUUAGCGGAGUCUGUAACCUGAAGCGUAUGUAACCUGUAGCGUAUGUAACCCGAGGUACCACUGUAUACAGUUGGUGCCAUAAGACUCUUUGAGUCAAUGUAGCAAGAGUUCCUGAAACAAGACGGACACACAGACCAAUCACACUUUCGCUCCUCCCAUGAUUUUAAGUGAAUUUCAAGUCAUAGGUCCGAUAAUGUUUUGCUUUGCUUUGCUUUGUUUUUGUCCCAGGGUUUUCUCUGGGAAAAUCUGCUGUUUAUCAUUGAAUCAGAACAAAGUCAAUCAAGUUUUCAAUGGAAUGCCAUUACUGUAGAGUAGUUCCAAUUCAGUGGGUUUUCCUGGGGAAAGUGGCAGGACAGGAAAAAACACCUCUUGGCUCUGUGACUUGACUCACUUGAAAUUAUAGGACAAAUGGCAGUCUGGGUGAGCCCAUAGCUAGCCCUCUUGGCAUUUGUCUCCUGCUACAUUGGCUCACACACAGUUUUCUAAAAGGGGGUUGUUUUGUCAAACCACAAAACACUUAGAAAUGUUUUCUUUGUAAACCAUCUGUGCUUCACUGUGUAUGUGUGUGUGCUUUAGAAAAAAACAGUGUUUCAUAACAGAGCUUGCCAAUGUUUGUCUGGCUUGAAACUCAUUUCCCUCUUCCUGGGUCAUGUUUUAUUGGUCAGCUGCUUAGGCUUGCCCUGUGAAAUGUUUACAACUUUUAGCUGCUUAUUUAGACAUAUUUAAACAGUUCACUCCACUUAUGUUUUCUUUUAUUGAACUGGAUACUGUUUCUAUUUCUUCUUUAAAAAAUUCAGUAACUUAAACAUAGACUUUUGUGGGACUAGCAAUUAAUAUGGAAUAAACACUACUAUGGCACACCUAGAUUAGAAUUCCCAUUUCAUCUGUAAGCAUGCACUGAAAAAAAAUAGACAAUAUUGUUUCUUUAACCAUUCUGAUCUUUAGUAAAAUUCAUCGCAGAAAGGAGAACCUCACCUUUUGACUAAGUUGGCAAAACUAGGGAAAUGCAGAGGACACUUAGAAUGAGCCAACCAACCACCAUUCAUUAUUGCUUUGUUCUAAUCAUGAGACAAACUGUGUGCACACAUCCCAGCAGGUUGCUGAUUCCAUAAGAAAGACCUAGACCAUCAAUUCUGGUCAUGUGCUCACCCACUUACCUUGGGAUUGUCUAUAGAAUGCAUAUCUCUCCUGUUUUAUUUGUUGCAUUACUCCAUUAGUGCAUCAAGCAGUGGUGUGCAAUGGGGAACAGUCAUGCAAUGGGGAAUUGUCCAGCUGCAAAUCCUGUACAAAUGCUGAAUGAUGAUGGAAGUGGUUCAGGCUCUCAAAUCUUCUCUUUAGGUCUAGUUUCAGAACAAUGGAGUCAGCUGAUACACACCGCUAGUAUGAAAGCUAAUGUAUCCGCUCAGUUUGAUAAGACUGAGUCAGUUGUGGAAAGUCAACAGGCUGACUGUUUAAGCUUUUCAUGAUGAUUUGUAAUAUUAUUGAAAAUGUUAUAUUUUUCUCCUCACUAAGGGAAAUGGCUAAACAAUUUGAUUCUGAUUUAUAUGUCAUAUGUAAGAGGACCAGCCCAGUCAAAACCAUGCACUUGGACCUAAUGAGAAAAAUGAAGGUCACAAUUUUUUUGAGGCUGCAAUUUACCCUGGGUUUAUAGCAUUUUAUAGUUUGUACAAAAAUAAUGAAGAUGUCUAAUUUUGAGCAUUGAGGUUCUAAUGUCAUCAAGGUCAUUAAUUCAAUAUUAGCUUUCCAAUAAACAAACUUUUGUGUUCACUACCAUGUCUCUUUUUUUACAGUCAACAGGCUGCAAUGUGCUAUACUGAAGCAGCUGUGGAAAGAGGUAUGACCUGGGAUUUUUAAUGACUGGGCUAUUUGACUAUACUGAGAUAGAUCACAGCAGCCAAAGGACAAGGAAUCAAAACAAAAGAUGGGGAAAUGAAAAACCAAUUGACAAAACUCAAUUUUGUCAAGAGUAAGAAGGAAUACCUCAAGUGUCAUUGACUGACUGUAACUGGAAAAAAGCAAACUAACCUUUUGAGGUUAGCAUUUAUGAGGUUAAAAUGCAUUUGCUCUUUAAUUUUAUAACAAGAUGAUGCAUAAACAGUUGCUAGAAGUAUUCAGAAGUAAUGCAGGUGUCAGAUAAUAUCAUGUUAAGGCAUGCCUGCAGUGCCACCUGCAAUCCCCCUGCAUUAAAUUCACAUUCAUUUUCUUAAUGACACAAAACUGUGCUUCCUAAUUAAACUGGGGACACUUAAUAGCCAUCAAAACACUACUUACCAUAGCAAGGUGUUUAUUUAUUGCAUAAAUUAUUCUGAUGCUCUCACCAUCUACAAAAAACCCCUCUUCUAAUAUAUGCAAGUCUCAUUUCUUGUGGGCACAGGCUAUUUGGCAAGAUAUAGACAAUUACCAUCACUAAUGAGCAACUAAAUUACAAUUUAGUAAUUUAAGUGCAAUGGCAAACAAACUCAAUAGUUUACAAGAAGCGAACACUAACCUGAAUUAAAUGCUAACCUGAAUUUACCAACCAACAUAAUUGUUAAAUAAAAUGUGGUCAUAUUAUAUUAGAAGAGAAAAUGAAGUCAGUGUCAUCCAAUUUGCAACAAUUUAAGGCUAGUUUGCAAAGUGGAUGCACAUUUAAGAAAUUGAUUUUGUUGUUGUUAUGUUUAUCUCAAGGGAGUGCUUGCAUUUCUACCGUGGUCAAUAUCAGCUUUUAUCAGAGAACUAAGCUCAAAGGGCACUAGGCCAAAAAUAGACACACCUUUCUUCUCUUCCACACCCAGGGCCCAAGAGAAGGGAGUGCAGGGGAUAUAUCAUACCCCUGCCUAGAGUCAAAAGGGGAGCCUGGGAGCCAAAGUAGGGGAGCCAGAAAUUUCCUAGGACCUAUAUUGCAUGAAGACUAGCAUUUACAUUUUGUGUAAGCCUACAUAAAACACCAUAUUGCUUCUUUCCCCCAUCUACUUCCUCUUCUGGGUGUUGGCACUGGCAGCUGCCCACCUACAAGCAGAGGAGGGCAAAGCAGUUCAUUGCCACCAUUAUUAUCUCAUGAACAGAUGAAUAACAGACUACAGCUGGUAAAAUUAUCUUUUCCAUACAACUCUCCUAAGCAGGAAAUAGUUAAUAUUUGCACUGAUUCAAAGUAACCAGAAAGUUGAUCUACCUUUCUUUUUAUUAAUACUAAUGUCUUCCAGUGAUCUGAUUUGCAUUGCAGUAUAAAAAGGAUGAUUAAUGGAGAAUGGAAGGGUACCAAAAGACACUUUGUACCCUAUGAUGAAAUUUCUCUCAGAGGCCCUCUCCAGACAGGAGAAAAACUGCAGAUGUUGUAAUAAAAAAGGAGUGGCAGAAGAACCACUGCUCAGUCCUGAAUCGUUCUCAACUCCUUGCCCUCCCGCUUUUGGCAAUAAUCAUCAUGUUCUGACUAGUGUCAAGUCUGAGCAAUGUUUCUCCAUAAAGAUGACCAAAUUGUUUUAUUAAAUAGAGGAGAGGAGAGGCAAGGGGUGACAUAACUGAGCUUCUGGUGCUCAGAGUGCAUUUCCCCACAGGGGAGCCGUGGAAAGAAUGUAGUUGGUCAAGGGAGCCAUGGACUCAAAAAAGGUUGAAAACCUCUGGUCUACACACAAAGGGGGAAUAUCAUCUUUGAGUGUAGCACAGAUAUUAAGAAGUUUAUUAAGAAUAAGAAGCAAUACCAUGACCACAGAAAAAAUGAGUAGCUGUGAAGUAAAUAUGAUGUGGUUGCAUUAAAAAAAAGAAAAAAAUGAUGCAAAAUUAGUCAACAGUUAAUUAAACUUUUUUCAUUGCAAACAAAAGUGAUAGGGAGAUAUCCAAAAUCAGAUGUUAAAACUUUUCAGUGUGGAUAUAAUGCUAUAGAGUGUAUCUAUCAGAUUACCUGUUGAAGGAAAAAUGAAACAGAAAAUUGGAAACACUUGCUGUUUUAAAAGAAAUCUAUAUAAAUUAAAGGAAGGAAGAGUGAAUGAGCAAUUUUGCUGAUGAUUUUCUUGGCCUAGCAUGCAGUAUGCUGUGGAAAGAAUGACUUUUGGCUUAAUCAACAUACAGCUGUAUGAAGACUCGGCAGAGACAAUAUUUUAUUUGAGAAUCAUUGGAGAGACUGUGUACUCUCCCCCACCCUAUAAUCUAGAUAUGUUUUGCCCUGAAAAGCACUUCUUGGGAAACUGAUUUCAUUUCAAAAAUAAAAGCACAUUGGAGAUGGAUUCUGCAUUACCCCACACAGUGCUUGUUCAAAAACAGAUGUAGGUAGUCUUGGCAAUGGGAGUAUUGUAGCCAAUGAUGUUGUGGGUGCGGGAAUGCAAUGAUCAUAACCACUCCACCUUACUUCAUUCACCAGGGCAUGUUCAGGGUGGGGAAGCAUAGAUGACCUACUCGGGGGAAGGCUUUUCAAAUGUGUGUCCAGUAACCACACACAGCCUUGUGGAAGAAUCAAUGGAGCUUGAAAGCAGCAUGCUGACUGAGCAUGCACCAUUCCAGAUUGAGGGGAAAAAAUACAUUUUUUACUACAAACAUGUUAGUGUGUAUGUAGCCUUAGCGAAGCUGUAAUCAGUACAGAUAACAGAUAUUCAGGAAUUUGCUUUCCUUUCUUGCUAGCUGGUAAAAUGGGGACUUUAGCACUGAUAUCAAAUGGAUAAAUAUUCCAUGUGUAUGACACCAUUAGUUUAAUGUUACUAUAUUUAUAUCUCUGUUCCCCCCCCCAAAAAAAAUAUCCUAGUCCAACUAUACUGAGUCAUAGUGCCCAAUCCCACUGAAAGAAAUGGUGCUUCGGGUAGUUGUGACUAACUUCUUCCAUUGCUUCACUGGGGCUUUUAUGCUAAUUGAUAAAACCAAGUAUCUGUAUUUUUACCUCCUUUGUCAGUUUUGUCCAUAAGGCCUACUAAGCCUUCUGAAGCUUUACAUGGCAUGUGUGCCUUUUUCCAGCAGCUGCUAUCCUUACAGUUUAAGGAGAUGAAAGCUCUUUUAAGGCUAGAUUAUUAAAAUGAGGAAAACUAAUAAUUAAAUAUGCAAAGCCAUUGGCUUGGGGUUAUCAAGAUGACCUUGUGUGCUUGUGAAGGGGUGCUGGAACCCCGAGCACCAUGCAAGGGUAAUAACAUCAGGGAAGGUUAAGAGCAGAUGACAGACCCUCCAAUUCUCCCUAUUUUCCAGGGAUGUCCCUGAUUUAGAAAAGGCAUCCCAUUUUCUUAUUUGAUCGUGGAAUGUCCUGCUUUUCCUUAAGACAUCCCUAUUUUCACUGGAGAAACUUUGGGGGGUAUGGAGUUAUUCGACUCCUGAGCCGUCAGAAGGCCACCCUGUACAGGGAAGGUUUUUUUUUAAUGAUUAAUGUUUUAGUAUUUAUAUAUCUGUUUGAAGCUGCCUGGAGAGGCUGGGGCAAUCCAGAAAGAUGGGGGGGGGUAUAAAUAGUAAAAUUAUCAUUAUGGAAUGGGAAGUCCCUUUUUUAUCGGAAAAAUGUUGGAGGGUAUAAGAUGACCCCUGUUGUUAUCAGGGCCAGUUUGUAGAUACGCAGGUUAUAUCUUUUAAGCUUUAGAAAUAUUUGCAUUCAAAAGCCACGAUCAACUUAAAUGGUUUUCUCUGGACCUUUGACACCAAUCACUAGGAACCCAAGAGAAAUCGUGUGGCUUUCCUGGAAAAAAGUAAAAACAUUAUUGCAAAGUCAAACAGAGACAUGAAAAGGAAUAGAAGUGGAUUAUUUCAAAGUCAGGGAAAGUUUAUGCUUUAAAAGUGUUCUGACUUUAAGUGUUGUUGUUUUUUUAAUUCAAGCAUUGAAACAUGUCGUAGCUGAUUAAUAGCUGCUGAACAUCUUAACUAGACACAGACAAAUUGCCAAGGGAAUCAUGAUACAUGAAGUAGCUUUUUCACUGGGAUAUUGACUUGCAUUCCUCACCAAUCAGAAAGUAAGCUGCUCUCUUUCAUUGACUGCACUCGUUAGUUCCUUUCUAAAGGGAGCUUUAGUUUUUGUAACCCUUAUCCCAUGAAACUUCACAGAUAACCUGCUAUUGAUUUAGUAAUAGGUCAGAGGAAAAAUCGGCCAGGCUAUCUGGUCCUAGCCGGUGUCAGGCUAUUUCCAGUAGGUGCAGAUCUGAAAAUUCUUGAAACUCUGCUUGCAAAUGCACCUCUGUAAUUAUUCAAAUCGUGAAGCAUCAGAUCCAUAGCCCAUCAUCAGCUGGCUUUAAAUUAAUCAAACAAACAGGUAUAUUCUUGGAAAAUGUACGUGCCUGCAUGUUGGGAUUUUGCCCUUGGAAGUUUCAGCCAGCUUUCUACAUCUCAGAAGCUUUUUCUAUGUGCUAGAACAGUGGCAACGUGCCAGGCAGAGAUUAAUUUCCCCCAAAAUUAGAGCCAACCGUGCACCAUCUGUUACCUGCUAGGAGACCCUGGAAAACUAAUCAGACCCAAACCUACUUAGGGCAGGGCAAUUUCUGUCUUUUCUUUUCUUUCUUUCUUUUAAAAAAAGAUUUUUGGUUAUGCAUGUAAGUAGGCUCGAUUUCUUUCAGCAGAGAUAUUUGCUGCUCACACAUAUGGAACACUUGUUAAGUGGCAGCUCUUAAGAGACUUUUAACAGAGCUGUAAAACAGUGCUGCAGAAUGAUUAGUCGAGCAGCUUAUUAGAGCUAUUGGGUAUUACAUGAGGAAAACAAGUGAUUUCUCACAUGGGUUUAUGCGAAGGAAGUCACAGCCAGCUGGCAAUCCCCUGUACCUUGAACCCACGAUUGCACACACAUUUUAAAAUCCCCCUGAGUCUGUUGUCACUAGCAUGGAAAUGUAAUGGUGCGAGUUCUUGUCCCACUCCAGCUCUGACAUUACCUUUAAAAAAUACUUCUUAGGCAAGUUGUACUAUAACAUUAGAAUGGCCAAUUUACCUGAGCACACAACUAAUAUAUGGCAAUUAUCACGUAAUUUGCACAAAGUGAGAGGGUGAAAGAGCAGAAGAUUUUAUUACUCCUGCUCAGUUGCAGUCCAGUAUUAUCAGCUGAUAAAAUGCACCAUAAUGUGAGGAGAUUUUUGUAAUGGCUCUAAUGAUAUGAUAACCUUAACUGGUUCUUCAUGUACGUUUCAAAUUUCAUUGCUAAUAACAAUCUUAAUAUGCUAUUCAUUAGCCCAUUAAUUACAUCAUCAUUUAAUACACACACCACUUCCAAUUAGCUUUAAUGACAUCAGAGCUAUUUUUCCAUGCUGGCAUUUUUUUUAAAAAAAAAAAUUUUAAGAAAGGAAAAAAUGUGCACUGUGCUUUCACACUUGUACCGCCUGCUGUUCUGUCUUAAUUAAGUUUUGUAACAGCAGUCAUAGUUUAUAGGGGACUUUUUAACCUCAUUUGAUUUCAGACCAUUUGCACUGCCUAGAAGUAGGCAUUGAAAAUGUCCGAGUUAAUCCAAUUACCUCAAAAGGCAGCCAAUCUCAUUUAAUUUAUAUAAUUUUAGGGAAAGGCAAAACUCCCGCAAACGGCCAGAACUAUUUUAUCUGCACCAAUAUGUAAAAGAAAAAUACCUCAAAACCCUGAAAAGAUGGAAGAAAAGAAACAAACAUUCACGAUGCAGAUGACUGGAGAGGAUGGACAGGCUACCACGGGGUUUAAUCUGGCACUGCUUCCAUGCAUACCAGAAUGUGUGGAGGCUUUAGCACAUGGAUAGGCAAACUAAGGCCCGCAGGCCGGAUCAGGCCCAAUUGCCUUCUGGAUCCAGUCCACGGAUGGUCCAGGAAUCUCUGCAUGGAUCGCCAGUGCGCAUAUUCUUUCCCUCACCUUCACACGGCGGCGGUGGAGCCUCCUCCCUCCCUCCUCCUGGCUUCUCCACGCCCUGCCUAGAGGAGGAAGGGGGCUGGGCUUUGUUGGUGCCAGCAGCAGCAACGCUUGAGCGGCCGCCAUUUUAAGCAGCCCCUCUCCGGAGCCCUUUCGCGCGCCGCUCAUCGUCCUUCCGCUGCCGCCGCCAGUCCCUGCCGCUCUCAAGACACAGGUAAGCAGCCACCUGGGCUCAUGGUGCUCUUGCAUCAUUUCCCCCCCCCCAAAAAAAUAUAGUCUGGCCCCCCACAAGGUCUGAGGGACAGUGGACCAGCCCUUGGCUGAAAAAGUUUGCUGACCCCUGCUUUAGCAUGUUCAGCUAUGUGCACAAAGUCUCCCUCCAUCCUGCUGACAUUUGUGCUGUACAUAUAAAUUGGGGGGGGGGGAUUUGCUUCUUGGCAUGCAUGAUGUGAGGAGUGGGACUGCUUGGUACAGCCCCACUCCAUACUUGUGUGUUGGGCUUGUUUUCCUACUCAUAUUGAAAUACUGCCCCUCAAUGAGGCUAAACUUAGAUUCACAAAAUGUUUAGGGGUAUGUGUACCCCUGCGUCCCCCCAGAAAAAAAAAGCACUGGGCUUAUAACACCUGAAUACGACUUUAGAUAAUUCAGGAUCAGAGAAGAAUCCAGGAGUACAUAAUGGUGUCAUGUUGCUAAAGCUCUUUUUCACUGUAACAACUGAAUCAGGAGAGGCCAUGCAAGCCCUGGACCAGUCCCUGUGCUCAGUACUAAGUUGCAAGGGGGCCAACAGACCGAGUCUGGAUCCUGGCAAGAUAGAGGCACUGUGAGUGAGGAGGUUCCCAAAUCUGGCCAACUAGCCAAUUGCCUGCUUUGGAUGGGGUCCUACUCUCUUUGAACAGGGAGACGGGUGGUGCUGUGGUUUAAACCACUGAGCCUCUUGGGCUUGCCAAUUGGAAGGUCAGCGGUUCAAAUCCCCAUGACGGAGUGAGCUCCCGUUGCUCUGUCCCAGCUCCUGACAACCUAGCAGUUCGAAAGCACGCCAGUGCAAGUAGAUAAAUAGGGACUGCUGUGGCGGGAAGGUAAAUGGCAUUUCCAUGCACUCUGGUUUCGUCACGGUGUUCCAUGGCACCAGAAGCGGUUUAGUCAUGCUGGCCACAUGACCCAGAAAGCUGUUUGUGGACAUAAACCACCUCCCUCAGCCUGAAAGCGAGAAGAGCCCUGCACCCCAUAGUCACCUUUGACUGGACUUAACCAUCCAGGGAUCCUUUACCUUUUUACCUUUACUCUCUUUGAAGGAACAGGUUUGUAGCCUGGGGUUGCUUGGAGAUUCACCUCUGAAACGGAAAAGCCAGGUGGCCUCAGUGUUUUGUCUGGUAAGACAGCUAUAGCUGUUCCUGAACCAGGAUAGCCUGGCCGCUGUUGCCAUGUGCUGGUAACCUCCAAGUUGGAUUACUGUGAUGCUUGAUUUCUCCAUGGCGCAGACGGUCAGCACAUGCUACGCUGCUGGUGAAAGAAUUGCAUUAGCUUUCAUGCGAAGUUCAAGGGGUUGGUUCUGGAGCACAAUUCACCCCUUAAAAACUCAAGGCAUCACUCUUGUCAGGAGCUCCAUUAUAUAGGAAUCACACCUUUAGUUAUGGUGGCACCUACCCUCUGGAAUGACCUCCCAUUAUGCACUGGACAGAAACUGUCUUUGUUGCAUUUUAAAUGCCAAUUAAGAUGUUCCUUUUUCAACAACCUCGUCAGUGGAGAUCUUUAUCCUAAUCUGUAUCUUCAUUGGCUUUGACAUUGUUUUAAAAUAUAGAAUUGCUUUCAGUUCUUUGUGUACAGUAUAUGGAAUUGUUUUUAAUGUCAAUUUUUAAAUUAUGAGAUACUUUGUGGGAAGUGAUUCACAAAUGGAACCCAGUCAGUAAACAGUAACCUUAGAUAAACCAUCAGAAAUACAUUUUAAUCUCCAGUAGCAAUGCAGUAGCAAUACCUACACAUGUGAUGGUAAAAAUGCCAAGUUUUAACUUGUCUGAGAUAAUAUUGCCUUUCUUUCCCAGCCUUACAUUUUCUCUGUGUUUGACUGCCAGCCAUAAGCUCUCUAGGCACAACAUAAACUACUUGUUAGCAUUUGCCCUGAUAGACAAAAUAAGAAAGUCGUGAAGUCUCAUGGCAUAGGAAAAAAUGCCUUUUCUGCUAUGUGUGUUGUUGUUCCAUUAGAAAAAUGUAAAAGUUAGCUAUUAGAACCGAUGAUCAAGACCAGCUGGCACAUUAACUUAGGUGAAACAAUGAGCAGCUUAUGCUGAACAAAAAGAUCAUAUGAACUUUGGCUGACAUACUCGAUGGUACAGAAAGGCUUUACUGUACUAUGCUACAGUAAGUUAUGCACCACCAUAGGUGUGGCGCACCCUAAUUUUAUUUUAUUUUUUAAAUGGGGGUCAUGGCAAGCACAAGAGAGUACAGUGUGCCAUAUCUGCCCUCUCAGCUGCUCUGCUCGCCACCUUUUCCUCACGCUGGCGAGCAAUGUCUUGCUCUCUAGGACAGGGAAAUGAAGGAACCUUAACCUGUUUUGUUUAAUUUGGGUGAGCUAAUGGUUAAAGAUGAAGAUCAUGAAAACUGAUGGUAUCUUUGUAUAUGCCUGGUUAUUACUAUAGCAAAAUUUGGUACAGUAUUUGGUUUCACAUUUUUUUUAAAAAAUUGCAUAUUUUAAGUGAAGUUUAAUUGUGAAUUAAAAAAAUAACAAUUUUUGUUGUCAGUUUCUUUUGUCUGAUGAAUAAAAAUGUCCUUUAUGAUCGAGUGUGGGUAUGUAUUCCAUAAAUGCUCACCCUUCUAAAAAAAAUCACUGGGUGCACCCCCAAUGAAAUGUGCUGUGCACACCUAUAUGCACCACUGAAAGCUGUAGGUUUGGCUCUUGCAGAAAUUGAACUCCUCCUCUUGCAGUUCAAGGCAUGUGCCUCAAAGAUUUCUCACUAUAAAGAAAUGCACUUAUCCUUUCCUCCACACUUUCCAGGCACUGUCUAUGCUUUCAAGUUCCACGUCUGAGUGCUCUUUCUCUCCUCUGGCGCUUUCUGCAGAAAACCCCACACUUUAUCACUGAAUGGCCAUUUGUCAUCUGCAGAAAACCUGAAUUGCCAUUUGUUGCACUUCUGCUUCAAAUAGUGAGUUUUCGAAGGAGAAGCUCUGGGGUAAAAAAAAGAAAAGAGCACUUGGACACAGAUCUUGAAAGUGCAGGCCUGUACCUGGAAAGUACAGAGCAAAAGGUAAGUGUGGAUAAGUCCUAUGUCAUCAGUGCUUUCAAGGACCGAGUAAUUCAAUGGCUUAGCUACUGCAUGUGUUGCUGGCAACACCUCACAUCUUAUAACACCUUGGAUAAAUUUUGGACCUGCAAAGUCUUUCUAAGUGUUUUUUUUAAAAACCCACUUAAUUUUUGUUUGCUUGUUUCAUAUAUUUAUUUCAAAAGUUAUUAGUUCUUCAUAGCUGCAGUUAUUAGAAACAUAGAGUCAAAAUAGAUGUGGCACAGGAGCUAUGUGGCUGGCUCUUUUUUGUACUGUAUUGCAUUGUCAGGAGACAGCCAAUUUGAUUGGAAAAGCAGUGCUGAAGGAAAAAGCAAUGAUAUAGAAGGGAAGAGUGAACCAUUUCUCCAUUGGAUUUUUGCUGAUCUAAAUUGCUCGUCUGCCUCCUCUUCAAGCUUCUCUGACACAGCUCACUUUCCUACCCUAAAAGGCAUCACUACUGAACCUCACAAUGUCCUUCAUUUAACCUAAAGGAUAUUGUCAUACCAAGUCCAGACCUGACCCUGGGCAACUUCUCUUCUUAGAAUCAUAGAAUUAUAGAGUUUGAAGGGACUGCAAGGGUCAUCUAAUCCAAGCCCCUGCAAUGCAGGAAUCUUUUGCCCAACAUAGGGCUCAAACCCACAACCCUAAGAUUAACAGUCUCAUGCUCUACUGACUGAGCUAGAGCGUCUGACAAACAAGACCUUCCAAAGCCAGGAGACCUAGGAGAGCAGACAGAGCACCCCAACUGCAGCACAGAUCCAUAAGACCCUGAUGUCCAGCGAGAGUCCUCACCAGGCCUGCCUCCAAGGGUUGCCCUGAAGGACCAUUGGGCUGUGUUCCUGAUUCACCUGCAGCAUUGGAGGCCUGAUCUGAGUCAAUGUGGAGGAAGGUGAAGCGUCUCCCAAUCUUCUAGAGUUUCAGCACCAGAAGGUCCAGGCACAGGCAGCUGGUUAGUGAAGGUGUGCACACCAGGAAACCCAAGGUCCCCAGAAGUUGCUUGAGAAUAAAGGAGUCCUUGGGUGUAACUGCUCUCAUCAACAGUAAAGGCUCCUUGGAGAGCAGGCUUCAGCCUCUGCUGCUGGUUAUCAGCAGGAUUUGGAAGACCAGGUUAUCUUAACCCUUCAGUCGAAAUCUGAUAAUUGCUAGAACAAAAUAUGCCUUUCAGUUCUUUACUACUGAAACAUGACAAUCCUGCCUGCCUUCUGAAUGAUUUUAGCUGCUAAUUUCUAGACUUUGACUCGGCUUCUGGAUUUCAGUGGUACCUCGGGUUACAUACACUUCAGGUUACAUACGCUUCAGGUUACAGACUCCGCUAACCCAGAAAUAUUGCUUCAGGUUAAGAACUUUGCUUCAGGAUGAGAACAGAAAUUGUGCUCCAACGGCAUGGCAGCUCAGGAGGCCCCAUUAGCUAAAGUGGUGUUUCAGGUUAAGAACAGUUUCAGGUUAAGUACGGACCUCCGGAAUGAAUUAAGUACUUAACCCGAGGUACCACUGUAUAUCGAAGACAGAAGUGCCUGGCGUGCUCUGGUCCAUGGGGUCACGAAGAGUCGGACAUGACUAAACGACUAAACAACAACAACAACACCACUGUAUAUUUGACUUGGGGUCGGGGUGAUUCUCUUGUCCUUGGCUUCACCUUGGCUUUGCUUUUGGACUCCCCUUGUUACUGCAUGGUGUUACUGCAUUUUGGAACCUGAGCAUGUGGACCCUGCUGUGUGGCCUUGGCCAGCCUAGCUCCAGAACUGAGAUAUAUUAGGAAAGAUUUAUUAUAGCUACAGUACAUAACUAAUAAUUCUUGCAAAAUAAAGCCAUUGAGUUACUUGGUAGAAGUUAAAAGAAGUUAAAAGAAGCUCAGUUCAAAAGAGUAGUUUCUCUGAUCUGCAUGCAGGUUCAAAGAAGAUAUAUAACAAUGAUGAAGCAAUCAAGGUCUUUGUAAGAUAUAAUGAACUAUAUGACUCACAGAAGCGGGGAUGGGAGCGGGGGAAAUGUGAUGAAAUUAACAUACCAAAAUUAACAUACCAGGGCAGAGCAUGCCCUGCCCACUUUUCCCUGCAAGAAGUUAAAAUGUGCAUACAAUCCCUAACGUGUACACAGUAUCCCGGAUUAGAUGGGAUACCAGCUGAAUUCUAGAAAGCCUUUAUAGAUGUAUUGUGUGAGCUAAGUACUCGUCAUUUUUAGAUAUAGUUAAUUAGUAUGCCAAAACUGUGAUGUUACCAGACGAGUAGAAUAAUGCCAGAAUAGUGUUUACACACAAACACACACAGAGAAGCAGAAGCUAGCUCUGUUCUCAUCAUAUAACCUCAUCUUUCUCCUAAACCAAGACUAGACAUUUUUCACAGCUUCAUGGGCUAAAAGUCUGAAUAAAACAAUAGUUAUAUUCACAGUGAUCACUUAUCAGACAACAACAGAAAAGCACUGAACAGAUAUUGUAUGUCAUAAUAAGAAAACAGAAGCAGUCUGUAUUUGUUGGCAUAUAGUGGGACCAUUUAUUCAAGACAUUUCAGAUACUUGAUAUCAGAUUUUUUUAAAAUGGUAAGAGGAAUGUACUCAAAACUGAGGGCCAAACAUCACAGUAAAUGGGAAUAAUUCUGACCUUAAAAUGUUAAUUGAAGUACAAGGGACAGGUGUGCGGUGCUUUCUGCAAUAUUUAUCGAGCCCUUUGCAUUUUAAAUUAAAUCCAAAGAAAGGGAUAAAUGUUGGUUCCCAUAUUUGGGUAGAUGUCUAGCAAAGAAUUCUAAUAUUAAUGAUGUGGAAAACCUGGAGUAGUUUUCAUCCAUAGUUGGAGGAAAUGUGGAAUAACACUGCAGGCUGAGAGAACUGUAAUCUCAAAUUCACUCCUCCUAUGACUAACAGCCCAUUCCUAUGCAUGUUUACACUGAAGUAUGCCAGCUCUGGGAAAGGCAGAGCAUGGCACCCUGAUGGGAAUGCAAAUUGCCCCUCCCUAGCCAUCAGGUCACUGGAAGGACAGAUCAUGAAGCUGAGGCUCCAAUACUUUGGCCACCCAUGAGAAGAGAAGACUCCCUGGAAAAGACCCUGGUGUUGGGAAAGAUGGAGGGCACAAGGAGAAGGGGACGACAGAGGACGAGAUGGUUGGACAGUGUUCUCGAAGCUACCAGCAUGAGUUUGACCAAACUGCGGGAGGCAGUGGAAGACAGGCGUGCCUGGCAUGCUCUGGUCCAUGGGGUCAUGAAGAGUCGGACACGACUAAACGACUAAACAACAACAGCCAUCAGGUUGACCAUCUGAUGAGCAGAGAGGAGGGAAUAAACUCCUCUCCUCAGUUGAUCAGCAUGGAGGGGGGUCUGUGUGUUCAUGCAAGAGUGUGAGGUGGUCACAUCUACUUUUGCCCAUACUCAUUGCCGGCAUGCAAUCCUCAGAAGGUUGGCCAAGGGUGAGCCCAUAAAGGCUACCCACCCCUGCUCCAGUAAGUCUGUUUCAGAGGGCAACCUAGCUAAAUUAUAAUAUUCAUUUAUUCAUUCAUUGCAUUUAUCUCACCCCUAUCCUCCAAGGAGCACAAGGUGACAUACAUGGAUCUCUUCCUCCCUGUGAGCCAGUGUAGUGUAGUGGUUAAGAGUGGUAGUCUCGUUAUCAGGGGAACCGGGUUCGCGUCUCUGCUCCUCCACCUGCAGCUGCUGGGUGACCUUGGGCCAGUCACACUUCUCUGAAGUCUCUCAGCCCCACUCACCUCACAGAGUGUUUGUUGUGGGGGAGAAAGGGAAAGGAGAAUGUUAGCCGCUUUGAGGCUCCUGAAGGGGAGUGAAAGGCGGGGUAUCAAAUCCAAACUCCUCCUCUUCUUCUUCUUCUUUUAUCCUCACAACCACCCUGUGAAGUAGGGUGGGAGACUGUGACUUGUCACCUAGUGUGUUUAAUGCCUGAUCAGGGAUUUGAACCCUGGUUUCUCAGGUUUUAGCCCAACACUCUAAUCACUGGCUCUGUGAGUACAGUGGUGCCCCGCAAGACGAAUGUCUCGCAAGACGAAAAACUCGCUAGACGAAAGAGUUUUCCGUUUUUUGAGUCGUUCCGCAAGACGAAUUUCCCUAUGGGCUUGCUUCGCAAGACGAAACGUCUUGCGAGUUCUUGCGAGUUUGUUUCCUUUUUCUUAAAGCCGCUAAGCUGCUAAGCCGUUAAUAGCCGCUAAGCCGCUAAGCCGUUAAUAGCCGCUAAGCCGCUAAUAGCCGUGCUUCGCAAGACGAAAAAACCGCAAGACGAAGAGACUCACGGAACGGAUUAAUUUCGUCUUGCGAGGCACCACUGUAAUUAUGUUUGAGUAUACUGAGGUUUUGAGAUUCAAGGCACACUCCUCCAUUGUCUCCCGAGACGGAUGGAUGCCAACCAGUUAUGACACCCAUAGCUGAAUGAGUCCAUUGUGGUACAGUGCAUAACCUGACUAAAAUUCCUUCUGUUCACUGCCAUAUACCAGUAUAUAGCCCCAGUUUUAACUCCCUGCCUGCUUUCCAUUAAAUUUAUUUGUUUUAAGUUCCGUUACACCUUUGAAGAAGGGGAGAAAGUGAAAAGCCAAAGAGCAUUGUUGAACAAUGGGGAUUGUGUCAGUAACAAAAUGGGGAGUAACAAGAGUGUUCAAGCCCAGAGUGUUUAUUCUGAAAGGAGUUCAAGUGCAUGUCGAGUGCUCAUCCUAUUUAUGGCUCUGAAGUGGAUCACAGGAGCCAGCCAUGAGUCACAGUCAUAGCUGAUUUCUUGGAAACCAGAGGUAAAAUAAUAAUGAAUUGAUCAUGUUUCACUUUGGGGAUUUUAGCAAAGAUAAACCAUCUGUCCUGGUUACUUUUUUAUUAUUAUUAUUUAAGCAACGCCUAGAAGACCCAGUGUGAUAAAUAAUUCAAGCAGUGGACUGCCAUGAGAGCACAAUCUGAUGUGACUGCUGCAGGAUGCUAGUGUGAUAUAGUGGUUAGAGCAUCAGACUAGGACCUGCCAGACCAGGGUUCAAAUUCCUCCCUCCCAAAGUCAUGAAGCUCACUGGGUGACCUUGAGACAAUCACUGCCUCCUCUCAGCCUAACUCACACCUCUCAGAGUUGUUGUGGGGAUUAAAUGAGGAGGGGAAGAACCAUGUAUGCCACCUUGAGCUCUUUGGAGAAAAAGGUGGGAUAUAAUUGCAAUAAAUAAAUAUAAUUACAAUUGAAGUGGCAAUAACAAAGAUAUCAUUUGGUGCAUGGUAGGGGAGUCUAUAUUUCUGGAAAACAGUGACCUACCAGAAUAUCUGUUUCCAUAUUUUUAUUGGUUUUUAACAUACAAAAUUAUAAAACAUAUACCUACCAGAAUAUCACGUGGGCUUGAAUACUUAACCUUCUGAAGAGAUGCAUGGCGGGAACACCAUAAGCCAAAGAGAUCCUGGAAAACUAAAUUGUGUGAUCUGGGAACAUAUUACACAGAACAAGCAGACAAAGGCCCCUCCCAACAUGUCAACAAAACAAAACCCACCUGGUGAAAACAACUGAAGUACAUGAAAUUAUUGUUACCUUAAAACCUGAUGUUGCAGGACAAAGCAUAUUGUCAUUCUGGUUGAAAAAAAUAUUAGAAAUUCACAGUUGUAGGGAUUUGAAAUCUACAUUCAAAUACAGAUUAUGUGCAUGAAUGUGUGUGCCAACCAAGUUGCCAAAUGUUCGCUGUAAUAGAAUUGACUUACCUAAAUGAGGCUUCCCUCAUAAUGCUUCAAUAAUGCUCUGACGCAGUAGCCUGUGGUAGAAUAUAUCUCCUCACCUCCUAAUUCAGGCGGGACCAUGACCAAAAGAUUGGUGGGUGUAGAUUCUCCAGUGGCCACCAGGCACUAGUCACUGGUAACCUAUAAAUCCCCAAAGGCCUGGGGUCGUCAGCAUAUAGGGGACCAGUUUCCCCAUAAAAGUUCCCAAUGAUCUCUUAGAUCAGGAAGGGACCUGCUCUGGGUUAAAAUGAUCUUGGCAGCAACAAUGCAUAGGGUAUCUUCAGUAACGUGGACCACUUCAAGUUCCCUUUUGAAAGGGACUCAAUUCUGCCUGACCUUUCCUUUCCACAUUUAAAUGGGAAAGCAGCCAGAUUCCUGGCACCAGUUGUGCUGCUUCAUAUUAAAAUAGCUAUAUAAAACCUUAACAGGCAGGCUUCUUAGAUUUUCACAGCUGUAUCAAGUUCAGUCCCCGCUUUGUGAUAUGCAUAGUUUUGCUGCAGACAACCAUCCUUAUUUAAGAACCUAGGCACACAGUUUGUAAUACAUUGCCCUAAUUAUUAAGAUAAUGAAAUGGAGAUAGUUGUGAUUUUUAAAGAACCGGAAAAACCCGCCCACCCUGUUUUCCACGCAGAAUGUAAAACAUGCUCCCCAAGUCAAUUUGUUAUUAUUUGGCACCAAUUAUAUUGCUAAAAGUAAUAGCUACCAGUCAAUUAAACAAACAAGCACAGUGUGUAAUUUUUAUGGUCCUUCUCAUCGAACAGACCGUAAUUACAGAAUUUCAGCAUGGCUCAGUUCUGAGAUAAUCAGUGCAAAUCACAUAAAUGUCUGAGAAAGAUUAGAAUAAAACGGGAACCCUGCCCUAAAUCCUGUGGUACAUUUAAAAUAAAUGAAUGAAUAAAUAAAAUGGCUGCCCAAUAUGAAUGAUUCUUAGUAAUGCCUUGGACAAAUGAUUUCCAGAAUGGAGGGAGUGUAAUGGAAAUAGCAUUCUAUUUAUACCAAAGACUGACCUUGACAAUCAAGGGGGAAAUACAGAAUUCAGUAUGACAUUAGUUGAUCAAGGAUGGUACUUUCCUAGAACUGCAGUGCCAGCUUAGAACAUUUUGACUUUUUAGAGCUUUUUAAUAUUGUUGUUUUCAUCACAAUUCAACUUGUACAGAACUUGUUCAGAAAAGUGUGCCAUUACACAUGUGCAGAGUGUCAUCUCCUGACUAAAAAAUAAAAUAAAUCCAUCAAUUUUUCUCCAUGGACAGGGAAGAGUUUCCAUGUAAGAGGGUCCAGGAAGAUUUUCAGACAAAAUUUAUUCUGUACCUGUGAUUUAGAAAUUAAGCCAUACCCCCAUGAUGUACAUUUUUGAAUUUGAGUAUUGAUUACACCUACACUUCCAUUGCCAAUAAACUAAACACACACAAACUUUUAAAACGUGAAGAACACUUGCUUCCAGUUGCAUUCAGUUUUCCUCCCUCCCUACACUCACCCCACCAAUUAACACUAAGAAACUAAGAAAAUUAAUAUUCCAAACAAUAGACAAUAAAGAACAACUAUUUCAGCUGAGCCAAGGCACACCAGAGCACAAUGGAACAUGUGCAGAGUUUGGACUUUCUUUCUUUCUUUCUUUCUUUCUUUCUUUCUUUCUUUCUUUCUUUCAUGUUUGCACUUUUUUUUCUGUAACAAAUCUGUAUAAAUGUUUUUCAAAAAGAAAAGCCCUGAUCUCUUGCCUGGCACUUCACCUGAACAAGUCAGGCACGAGUCAGGCACAUCCUUCCUCUAAGUUCCCCAAUACCUAAGCACAGGAUAAGUUCUAUCUGGCAGUUCUAUCUGUUGGCAGCGGCAGAGGAGGAACGAGUUGCUUGUUCUUCCUCCUCCACUGCCACCACCACCAGGUUUGUGGUGUGGUGAACUCAAGUCAAUAAGUUUCCCCAGUUUUUUGUCCUAAAAUUAGGUGCCUCGGCUUAUAUUCGGGUCGGCUUAUACUCGAGUAUAUAUGGUAUUCAGUUCUGAUUUCAGCUCUACAGCUCUAUCUGGUGUCACAGUGUUACAACACAUUUAUAACAUGGUUUGUUUGUUCUUUUAACUAAUGUAUCUGUGUCCAGGGUGAAUAGGUAUUCUCCUUAUAUUAUGAAAACUAAAAGGUUAGGAGGUCAUUUUGUUCUGGAAAUUAUGAGUUUUAAUCUGCAAUCCUAUGCUCAGUUACUGGGAACUAAGUCCCAUUGACCUUAGUAAGACUUCUUUCUUACUGAUAGACAUGCAUAAAAGGUAAAGGUACCCCUGACUGUUAGGUCCAGUUGCUGAUGACUCUGUGUUUGCGCGCUCAGCUCGCUCUAUAGGCCGAGGGAGCCUGCAUUUGUCUGUAGACAGCUUCCGGGUCAUGUGCCCAGCAUGACUAAGCCGCUUCUGGUGAGCCAGAGCAGCACACGGAAAUGCCGUUUUACCUUCCCGCUGGAGCGGUACCUAUUUAUCUACUUGCACUUGAUGUGCUUUUGGACUGCUGGGUUGGCAGGAGCUGGGACCAAACAACAGGAGCUCACUCCAUUGCGGGGAUUCAAACUGCCAACCUUCCGAUCGGCAAGCCCUAGUCUCUGUGGUUGAAACCACAGCGCCACCCGCAUCCCUUUUAUAGACAUGCAUAGGAUUGCACUAUUAACAUGAUACUUCAUUUAUAGCAAGUCAGAAAAGUUUCCCCGGCCCUAGCUGGCGAAGUCAAGAGAAGAAGGUUACCUUUUUAUGCUAUGUUGUUCAAAAUAUCUGAAAAGACUCCAGUACAAUUAUUUCAAGGAUAUAUCCUUUGAUGACUGCUGUGCACUUUAUACUUUGAAGGAAAGAUAUAGAACUGAAGAAUAUAGAACUCUGAAAUUAUGACAUUAGUGCUGAAGAGAACAUGACCACAUACAACCUGGAUAGAAAUGAUAGUGUUAGAUUCUCAUAAUUCCUUCAGGUGGCAAAUAAAUUGUUCAAUUUAUCUACCUUUUCUGUUUUUAAAAAUCUAUAAACUUGUGCAUGUACCCCAACAAGUGUUGCUUUUCUUCACUUCAUCUCAUCUUUCCUCUGGCUCACAUUAUGGAGAUAGAGUCACUUCCUUCACAAAAAUCUUUACAUAUCUGAUGGGUCACCCACCCACCCCCAGUGCCUUCUUGUGAGUCAGCAGAACACGCUGUAUUCUGCCCAUUUGCUUCAAAAUCUGUUAUCUAUGUAGUUCUACAUGUAACUAAAGUUCUAUUGAUUUCUAGGCAGCAAAAUAAUAAAAAUAAUAAUAAAAAUCAAUUGGUUUACAUUCACCUCUCCUCUCUGAGCAGCAAGAAGUUCCAGUACAUACCCAGGUUUGGAAAGAGGUUAUUGGAGGCUUAUUAUCAUUUUGUAUUACACUACACAGAUAGACAGGUUAAGCUUAGUUGGAGGCCCAGUUUAAGCACUCCAACAAACAGCCAAAGUCCACUGCUUCCAGAGCAGGCAUGGGAAUCAUUUAUCUAGGAAGGGCUCAUUAUCUCAGGGAUAAUCUCUUGUGAGGGGAAGAUAUUGGCAGUGGGUGGGACCAGGGCCAAAAGUGAGUGAGUAGCUGCACCCCUUUUCUCCCUUCUUUCUCUCUCACACUCUAUUUUUUCUCUCCUACUUAUCCAGCCAAUUAUUUACGGAGAACUUGCUCCUCCAUCUUUCUUUCGAUCCAUUUCAGCUUCCCUCCUCCUUGCCAGAGGUCUGAACUGUUUGUUUACAGUGGGAUUAUGCCUACUUCCAUCACCCCAGCUCUUUUCUGUCCCCUCUUACUCACCUUCUUUCCCUCUGAGCUCAGUCCAACUGCAUGACAUGGGGCUCUUGGGCCACCAUUUUCACACACUCUCCUAGUCUUACUCAGAAAGCUGCUGUUUGCUUUACUCCUUAGUGCAGGAGUCGGCAACCUAAGGUCCAUGGGCCACAAGCGGCCCAUGGGAGUCAUUUAACCGGCCCCUGAGCCGCCCCUGAACUGAGCCACCCACUUGGCGAGUACCUGCGCGCUGUGCUAAACCGGCACGGUGCGGGGAUUCGCUUCCGCGGCGCUGGAAAUCGCGUCUGCACAGACGCAGACUCCGGGAAUCGCUGGCUGGUGCGCUCACACAUGCACACGAUCUGGCCCACAGACGGAACUCCGCUGGAGUGAACCGGCCAAGGCGAGGUAAACCUUGCCAACCCCUGCCUUAGCGUGUGCUAAGGAUCACUUAUAAAACCUGUCGUAAGCACCAAUAAAACGGCUAGCACAUUUGGAAAGCUAAGCAGGGUCUGGUAUGGUUUCACUUGGGAUGGGGGACAAUGUAGAUGACCCUCAGGUUCCCUCCCAACUCUGCAAUUCUGUUAUUCUGUUAUAGUUCAGCAGUAUAUGAAUGGUUUAAAUAAAUAGAUAAACUCUGGCCCUGCAACCAGGAAAGGUUCCCUGCUCUUGGCUUACAAUAUUAAACUGCACCAUGCUGCUGCCUCUUUUAAAAAUUAUCAUUGCACAUUCCUGUUUUAAGAGAAUUGUGCAAGAUCUGUUAUAACGAAAACAAAUGUGAGACUGCUUAAACCUCUGACUGGGAUGUGUGCAUGUGCUGAGCUUUCUGUAAAUGAAGAUAAUUCCUCUCUACCAGGCUUUUCCAACUGAUGGUCAACCACACAUAAAACCUGAAGCCUUAAAGCACCCAAGGAUCUGACCAUGUUGCUGAGAACAGGGAGGGGAAUCAAAUCAGUCCUGAGCUGCUUCCUGCUGUUUUUUCCAAAGCUCUCCAAGUAUCUCAUCAUGCAGCAGGAAACACCCUUUGCUUCCUCUUGCUGUUUAUUUCAAAAACCUCUGCAGGAGUUUAUUGAGCUAGAACAGUCUUAGGAAGACUGGGUAGAUUUCCCUUUAUCAUCAGAUCCCUAAAUGCCUUAAGCCAGUGGGUUUUUUCCUCUGGAUACUCAAGAGUACGCAGUACUGGCAUAUAUAUUUUUUUCCAAAUGUUAAAAGUGUGGCACUUACUAUAACAACUUCAUGGUGAGUACUGACACCUUUUUUCCCCUUUUAAAAAAUGCACUGCUUUAAGCUAAAACUUAACAUCAAGCUGGGGAAGGUUGAGGGAGAGGAAUGAUCUUAAUUUACAAAAAAGAUUGACAUACACAUACCCUAACCUCAGAGGACUAGACAACCCCAAGCAUUUUUAUUAUCGUUAUUAUUACAGGUCUUGCACAAAUCUGCUAAUGUGAGUAACAAACGGAGGUAGCGCUGGGGUGACAGAGGCCACUCGUUGCAAGGUCAGCACACAUGUGACAACACGGCGCCCUGAAAGAAAAUGCACUCAGAAGUUUCCACGCCAGCAAUGACAGCAAAUGCAUUGGCUAUUUUUAUGUACUGGAUUUUCCACAGUUAGGGGAAAUCCACCUCAAACAAAGAAAAAACAGGCAUUGGGAUGGUGAUGUCACGAGCAAGGAAUUUCCAAGCAUAAGCAGCACCAAGUGCACAACAAGCUGUUGAGUGUACACACCCUACCUCCACAUCCCAGACACAAAGUCAGAGCUAAAAGUGCAUGCAGUGCGGAUAACUCAAGCAAGUGAGCCCAACAGCAGACUUCAUGUGCAAGUCAUACACACACACUGCAUUUAUUAUUAAUUAAUUAAUUAAUUAAUUACCCCAUGCAUUUAAAAACGUAAUAAAAACAUCCAUCCUUAAAAACUUCACUAAACAGGGCUGCCUUCAGAUGUCUUCUAAAAGUCAGAUAGUUGUUUAUAUCCUUGACAUCUGAAGGAAGGGCCAGUCGCAGAGGAAGGGGCUUCGGUACCCGGGGCGGCAUGGCACGUCACACAUGCGGGCAUCCCAAGGGGGAGGUGCCCGCCCACUGCGAUGUCACCCCCCCCAGCUGGCACCCAAGGUGGACCGCCCCCGCCCCCCUUCCUCCACCACUGGGAAGGGCGUUCUGCACCACUACCAAGAAGGCCCUCUGCCUGGUUCCCUGUAACUUUGCUUCUCACAGUGAGGGAACUAGCAGAAGACCCUCUGAGGAAGACUUCAGUAUCUGGACUGAGUGAGGGGGGUGAAGACGCUCCUUCAGGUAUACCUGCCAAGGCUGUUUAGGGUUAAGGUUACCAGAUUUUUUUCAAUAAAUCCGGGGACACAUUUCAACUUCAAUGGAUUUUGUAUGGGGACUGGUUUGUAAAUCCAGGGACUGUCCCCAGGAAUCGAGGACGUCUGGUAACCUUACUUUAAAGGUCACUACCAACACUUUGAACUGUGCUUGGAAAUGUACUGGGAGUCAGUGAAGAUCCUUUAGGACUGGUGUUAUAUGGCCCCAGCGGCCACUCUCAGUCACCAGGAAUUUUUUUAUUAUUAAGGAAUUAAGCAUUAAAAGGUAUCCUAUAAAAAAAAAUUUUUCCUUUUUAUAGAUGGGGAACACUAAGUCUGAGAGUGAGUCUAGUUCCACAGAUAAUCCAUGUACCCAUGACAGAGCACUCAAAUGCACAAUCAAUGCCACUCCACCCCCCCAAAAAAAAUAUUAGCAAAGACAUAGAAAAACACCGGAGGGUUCAGAAAGGAAAGGAAAUGGAUAGCAAAUGACCAUGGGUGCAGAGUGGAGCUAGACUAACAGAUUGGUUUUUUUAGAAAAUACAGUCGUACCUCAGAAGUUGAACGCCUUGCAAGUCAAACGUUUUGGCUCCUGAACGCUGCAAACCCAGAAGUGAGUGUUCCGGUUUGCGCAUGUUCUUUGGAACCCAAACGUCUGACACAGGUUCCGUGGGUUCUGAUUGGCUGCAGGAGCUUCCUGCAGCCAAUUGGAAGCCGUGCCUUGGUUUCUGAACAUUUUGGAAGUCAAAUGGACUUCCAGAAUGGAUUCCGUUCGACUUCCGAGGUACGACUGUAUGCUAGAUUUAUUUAGGAAAUAUUUAUUUGUUUGUUUGUUUGAUAUGUCUAUGGAUGCUGCCCAAAAUGCAUUUGUGCAUUUUGGGGUCUAUUAUAAAGCAAUUCACAACUUGCUCAAAAAAGAAUCAGAUUUCUUCUCCGUAUACAUAGUUAUAAGGACACAGAUGAGCAGAUUCGUGCAAUACCUAGCUUAUGUACAGAUAAACACACAAAGUUUGACCUUGCUAUAACAACAGUUCAGUUAUGCACACUUAUACAAAGACACACACUUGACCUGCUAGUUACUAAUAUGUUGGUAAUAACACUCCAACAAACCUUGUUUCCCCACUAGGUUCCCAGGCAGAUCUUCAAGCCAUAGCUUUGAGUCCAGUACAAAGCAAGACAAGCCUCUCUCUCACCAGCUUCCAGCACCAGCCCAAACCCAUACACUACCUGCCUUGACUUAUUGUUCUUCCAUCCUAGGACUAGCCAGGUAAGAAGGGAAAGGAUCCACCCAUCUAUCUCUAUGGCAACAGAUGCUGAUGAUAGAUACUUAGCUGAGUGGUUAAGGCCAUUACCUUAACAAAGGAACAGGUUUGGCUGGUUCAGCAGGUUUUAACCUCGCAGAUGCAGGAUCACAGGCCUAAAAGAGACCCAUGGAUAUGGGGGGGGGGCAUGGGUUGGCAAACUAAGGCCCAGGGGCUGGAUCCGGCCCAAUUGCCUUCUGGAUCCGGCCCGCAGACAGUCCGGGAAUCGCUGCGUGGAUUGGCAUGGAUCUGAUUCUGAUCGUUCAGUCUGCACCAUUUCCCGUCCCCUCCCUCACACACCGUGCCAGCGCCUCCUCCCUCCUCCUGGCUUCUCCCCACCCUGCCUAGAGGGGGAAGGGGACUGGGCUUUGUUGAGCCGCAGUUGGUUGAGCGCCGUUUUAAGCAGCCCCUCUCCAGAGCCAGUCCUUUUGCACUGCUCAUCGUCCUUCUGCCGCUGCCACCAGCCCCUGCCACUCGCAAGGCACAGGUAAGCAGUCACCGGGGCUCAUCCAGUGCUGUGGAGAAGGGAAGGGAGAGUCGUGGGGGGGGAUUUUUUCUUCAAAAUAUAGUCCAGGCCCCCCCCACAAGGUUUGAGGGACAGCCCCCCCCCCCACGGAAAAAGUUUGCUGACCCCUGAUCUAGGCUGACCUCCCAAGCCUAGAACAAUAUACUAUACCUGGGAGCUACAGCUCAAGAAGCCUGCUGAAAUAUAAAUUUAGGGCAGAAAAUACCCAAUUAGAGGAAAUCAUUUCCCCCCGAGCUGUUAAGAGCAGUCCUAGAUUUACCUGUACAUCAGUCAACACCUGUACAUCACUAAAUGUCUUGGCCUCUUUUCCCCCUCACUGUGCUAACAUUGAGCCAACCGUUUCCACAAGCAGAUAUUAUUGGCUGGAAAAUGGAUGUCUUUUAUCUCUUUAGGAAAUCAGCAGCCUAGUUUCUUGGUAAGAGGAGGCUCAUUAGUACCAGAUGUGAACCCAGAAAGUAAAAAUAAGAAUGGCAGACUCUGGAUUCAAGAGGUAUCAAGAGAGUUUGAAAGGUCAGUGCCAGAAGAAUGAGAAUUGCUGCCACACGAUAAAAGAAAGCUAAAUGAGUCUGCAAAAAAGAAAGAUGAAUGUGUGCUGCUGAGGUCUACAAGCACAAGAAUAGGUCAGAUAACAACACAAACUGAGGAAUUAUUUUCUUAUAGCAGCAGUCAAUUGCACCCUGGUGGUUUUCAAACAAAAAAAAAGUGGACAGUGAUGAACAAUACACAAGGUUUCAAGCUUUUGGGCUACAUUUUAUGAAUAUUUCACACUUGUCAAAUAUAGCACAAAGCAUCAUUUUUAAAAUAAUAAUAAAUGGCUUCCUUUGGAAGCAGCGAGUACAACAAAGCAAAGAACAUAAGUUGUAUCCACAUGGGUGAAGUACAGUUUACACAUCUCCAAAUUACUGAGACAAAACUGUAACAAACCUCCUGCUCAGCUCAAAUUACUGAGGCUUUCUUGGAAACAGUGAUACUUACAAAUGCCUUUUCCUUCAUGUCAGUGGGCUACAUUUCAAAUUCUAUAUAUUUUGGAAAGUUGUUCACCAUGUAUCUGGACACCUCUUAAAAUAUCAUAACCAAUUUUGCAUGGUGGUUUGUCAGAGCAAGGGGCAGGUUUUCAUCUAUAUUGGGAUACAAUUGGAUGCCAUUUUGGACCAAGAUGGCAGGCAGACUGAGCCUUUCUAAACUGCACUGAUUGUUUUCUUAGCCUACUUGAGCAAUGUCAGGUAUGAGUCAUCCAGUAUUAUAUUUAUAAGUUGUUUCAUUACCCUAUUAACAUUGCAAAGGUGCCUUCAUUUUACUGUUUUCAGUAUCUACUACAGUGGUACCUCAGGUUACAUACGCUUCAGGUUACAUACGCUUCAGGUUACAGACUCCACUAACCCAUAAAUAGUACCUUGGGUUAAGAACUUUGCUUCAGGAUGAGAACAGAAAUCGUGCUUCGGAGCCGCGGCGGCAGCAGGAGGCCCCAUUAGCUAAAGUGGUGCUUCAGGUUAAGAACAGUUUCAGGUUAAGAACGGACCUCUGGAACGAAUUAAGUACUUAACCCGAGGUACCACUGUAAAAUGCUUUUGUUUUGGCAAGCCUACCCAGACGUGUAAUUUUAUUAUGUAUAUUUGAGGUUUUUUUAAGCCUGUUGGUUUCUUAUGACUAUUUAUACUAUUUUAUGUAAGCUACUUACUUGAUUUAUGUAAUUUGAUUAAGUGGUCCAUAAAUCUUGUUAAAUAAGUAAAAUAAAUACCUCCUAAGUGGUGCACAACAAACGAACAAAAAUCCAGUCAAAGGAAAUCGCACAAAUACACAUAUAUACAAGAUUGAGCAGCAAAGAAAACAUUAACUAAAUCAGCAAAAAGAACAAGCAUCAGCAGAAAAACAAUACUGUUCACUGGGAGCUGAGGGGAGGAAUGUCUUCGAUAGCCAGCAAAAGAUGAAUAAGGAAGGGCUCAGAGGAGCCUCCCUUGGGGAAAGUAGUUCCAUCCACAGUGUGCAACCCAGAAGGCUUGGCCUAGUCACACUCAACCCACACAUUUAAAGUACAUGGUUUCCCCCAAAGAAUCAUAAGAACAAUAGUUUGUUAACGGUGCUGUGAACUGUAGCUCUUUUGAGGGGUAAACUGCAGUUCCCAGUAUUGUACAGUCGUACCUCGGCUCCUGAACGCCUUGGGAGUCGAACAUUCUGGCUCCCAAACGAUUGAAAACCAGAAGUGAGUGUUCCGGUUUUCGAAUGUUCAUUUGGAAGCCAAAUGUCCGACGGGGCUUCCGCGGCUUCCGAUUGGCUGCAGCAGCUUCCUGAAGCCAAUCAGAAGCUGCGCUUUGGAAGUUGAACAUUUCAGAAGUCAAACAGACUUCCGGAAUGGAUUCUGUUCGACUUCUGAGGUACGACUGUAUUUGGGGGCGGUGGGGUGUCAGGUGUUUUUAAUGUGAUUUAAAUGUAUGGUGCGGCCAACAACACUUCAAGCAUUGGUGUGAUAUAGAAGAAGCCCUCCUGUAAAUCAUAUGAAGACAGGCAGACACUUAAUAUUCUAGUCCCAAGUACUAAGGGAUGUGGAGGUAAUAACCAGCACUUUAAAUUAGGCUUGGAAACAAACUGGGCACUAAUUAUAUGCAAAAUGAUAUGCAAAAAAACCCAAACCAAAGCAACAUAAAUUAUACAUAUAAAAGAGUCAAACCCUGUGCAGUACUAUAUUUCUGCCGCAUAGUUUUAUAAAUAUAUUAAUACAUAAAUAGUUGUAUAGAGUUAUAUCCCUUGUUGUGUGUAUCUGUUUAUUUGCUGGUUGCUUUUGAAAACCGAGCAUACAUGUAUAUGAUAUAUGAAUAAUAUUGUACAUAUAAUAGCGUGUGAACAUAUAUAUAAUAUUAGAUCAUUCUUUCUUAUUUCAGUGGAACUGUGAAAAAUAUGUGGAUAAGUCUGACAUCAAGAUGUUCAGAAAAUUCCAGGCAUGACCUCAUUCAGCUGAACCUGCUUGAACUCAUGAAGAAUGGAAGUAUAGCCAGUGGGAACAAGGACACUAGACUUGUAUGUGGCCUCCUACCCUUCUCCCUCACUUGAACCCCACCCAGACACCCAACGGUCGCUCUAGAGACCAAGCAUUAUUUCCAAGCCACUUAAUCAGCAUUUGGAAAAGACUGGGGCUAGGUUCCAAAGCAAAGGAAGGCACCUUUUAAGGCCCUUGAUUUCAGGGGACUUAAUUUCACCAGUCUUCAGAUUGUGGUCAUGAAUUGUAAUUGGCUACUUAAGGCAGGAAAAAGUGAUCGUGGUAUGGUUUGGCCAUGAAGAUUGAUCUUGCCAGCUAACCUUGCGUAGUAAUGCAGGAGGAUGUUACAUUAUUCAUUCCUUAAUCCUAGACUUCCUAUGAAAAUGAAGUUCUGGCUCACUUUCCAGGAGGCUCUACCAGUGUUGGGUUCAUAAGGACACAUAUAACCAGCACAGCAGUGAAAUGGAAGAAGCUGCUGAUAUUUUCAGCCUCUUCAAUUGGCGAGCAAAUUUGUUGCUUGUCUUCAUUGCCAGCCUCCUCUAAAAUAUGGCGACAUCUUUUUUUAUGCAAAGUGAGAGCAGCGAACUGCCAUCUCCCCUGCAUAAAUGUGUCCCACACAAUACAUCAAUUAUCGGUAAAAAGUGGCUGAUAUAAGAACCCUGUUGAAUAUACUAGCACUCUCUGUAACAAAAAAUAUAUGUAAAAAUUCAUUGGUGCUUCUGUAAGGUCGCUCAUCUUUGAUUUAACAGAUGCAGAAAAGGCCAAGAAAGUUGGUAAAUCAACUGUCAAUGAGAGGGAAGAAGUUGUUGAGAGAAGCAAAGAUUCUCUGUUACACUAAAAUUAAAAAAAAGUUGAGCUAUUGAAGUUCUCUUUUAUCAAAUAUACAGUGCCUAUUGCCUUGCAAUUACCAUAUUCUCUGGCCUCUUUCCUCGUUUAUCAUACACAUAAGGUGAUUAUUCUGAGCUCUGCAAUUCAGCACGCUGUAUUUUCAGGAACUAGGUUGCCAAGCCAUGUCUGAGGAGCCUCCAGAGCCUUAAACAGCUGCAUGGCAGGGAGACGUUUGGCAAAUAAUUGCUUUGCUAAAGCGGACACAAUCCUGC